GCCACAAACCGGCCCUGGAGCGCUGAAUCAGCUGUGUGCUUGUCAUGGGCACUGAAGUCUGUUCAGCUUUCAUCCGUACUCAGCUCUGCUGCAUCUGUCACCUCUGAAACGUUUCCCAGUGCACUUUCCGACUAGUUGCGUGCUUGCUGCUGGUUAUUGCCAGUAAUGCUGUGAACACUGGGCUGUUUUCCUGGCCAGCACCUAUCUGGUUCUACAGGAACACACUGUCACUCCCAGCAACAGCACUUGUAACUGUUUGGCAGGGAGACAAUAAAUUAGUUUGGUCUAUGAUGGUAUGUUUUAUAACACCAGAGGACGCUUACUGUAUGCUUAUCUUCUCAGGCAUGCUCUGUGUGAAGAAUUCCAAGUGUGGCUUUCUGCUGUGACCCAGAUAGUGCUGGAGCCAACUAUUGACAUAUCCUGUGCUAAAUAUGAAUAUACUGAUGUCUUGCUAUGCCACGAUGAUGAACUGGAAGGUCGGAGAAUCGCUUUCAUCCUAUACCUCGUCCCACCCUGGGAGAAAACUGAUGGGGGAACAUUGGAUCUCUACAGCACAGAUGAACACUUUCAGCCACAGCAAAUCACCAAGUCAUUAGUGCCUUCAUGGAACACACUGGUUUUCUUUGAAGUGUCUCCAGUCUCUUUCCACCAGGUGUCAGAGGUUCUGUCACAGAAGUGCCGCCUGUCAGUGAGUGGUUGGUUCCACGGCCCCUCUGUGGCCAGACCUGCACGGCACAUUGAAGCCCCCUUGGCCAGGAGCCCACACAUCCCCUAUGAUCAUGAAAUAUUGUAUGAGUGGAUCAAUCCAGUUUAUUUGGAUGUGGACUCCCAAGCUCAAAUCCAGGAGGAAUUUGAGGAGCGAUCAGAAAUUCUCCUGAAAGACUUUCUUAAGAAAGAGAAAUAUCAGCUACUAUGUGAAGCAUUGGAGAAGAAAGAGAUCCAGUGGAGUAGUCGGGGGCCAGCCAAUAAAAGACUCUAUGAGGCAGCAGAGGAAGACAGCCUCCCUGACACCCUGAAGAAAUUCCUGCAGCUGCUACGCUCUGAGGCCUUAUUUUUACUGCUUUCCAACUUCACUGGCCUAAAACUGCACUUCCUGGCUCCCUCUGAUGAGGAUGAAGAUGCUGGGGAGGGACAAGCAGCAGACACCACUGGGCACAGCAGUUCCAAACCUGAGCAGGCAGAGACUGAACAACCAGCUAAUGGCAAUCCCCAUCAGCCACACCAGCCUGAGAACACCCCUGAAGCACAGGACGACGAGACACAGAGCAGCUCGGGCACCCCUGUGUGUGCGGGGGAGCUGCGACGCUGGACCCACGGGCACUACACUCUUGUCCAUGACUCUCAAGCCACAGAAUUUGCUCUUGACCUGCUCUUCUUCUGUGGCUGUGAAGACUGGGAUCCUGAAUAUGGUGGCUUUACUUCCUACAUUGCUAAAGGUGAAGAUGAAGAGCUGUUGACAGUAAAUCCAGAGGACAACUGCUUGGCCUUAGUUUACAGAGACAAGGAAACUAUGAAGUUUGUGAAAUACAUCAACCAUCGAAGCUUGGCACGCCUGAACAAGCAUCCAAACAGAACAGGAUUUUGGGAUUUUUCCUUUGUCUAUUAUGAGUGAUGGUGCAGUGUGACCACUGUCACAGAGAACAGUGGUGGAUGGUGGGCAGGUUCCCACCCAGAUGUUCAGCUCUGACCUAAGCACAGACAAAUUUUGCUCGUGCAACUCCAUCAUACUGCAUAAUAUGGGGAUAGGUGGUUUUUUUAACUGCAAAAAUGGAAAUUGUAUCAUGCUCUCAGCUGCUUUUAAUGCUCUGCUGGUGAGGCUGUCACACAACUGUUCAACUGUCAACUUUCCAGCUGUUCUCACGGGAGCAGCACAGUGGCAUCUCUGAUCCAUCAGGGUGAGAAUUACUGUACAUUGCCCCAAGCUGCUGACCAAUUUUUUUAUUAAAAAAAAAAAAAAAAAAAGGACAUGGGUCAGUUAAAUGUUUCAUACACUGGUCAGACAAGUUCUGUUACAAAAUGCCCAGGACAUUUUGUGGGAUUUAACUGUGUUCCUAAGACAAAAAUAAAGGAGCUGCCAUGGGAAA